CUCUCAACUGUUCAACCCGAACUAACCUCACCCCAUUUUAUUUAUAUAUAUGUAUAAUAUAAUAUAGCUGCAGAAACCCUCAUCGUCUCUCUUCGGUAGGCAUAUCAACACAUUCCAUAUUUGAACCAUAUCUACUUUUUCAAAGUGAGGGCUCUACCAUUUCUGUUUCUUGAACUCCAUCCCCCUUUACAAAGCUUUGGACCCUCCAUACCCUUCCAUUCCUCUUCUUGACUCCAGCCCAUAACAAUUCGCGUCACUCCCUCCUCACAACCACAAGAACCAUCCUUUUCCUCUUUCUCUCUCGCUGUCUUCUCUCUCGUGUGCAACGUAAAGCUUUGAGUUUCCGAAAAACCCCAGCGUUUUAGCACUAAACUGGUGCUGUCAAGAAACAUGUGGAUGAUGGGUUACAAUGACGAUGGAGAUCUGUACAUGGCCGAUGCCUUCAACGGCCGAAAGCUUCGCCCCCUCAUGCCAAGGCCGGUCGCCAAUCCUUCCCCUAAUAACGGUGGCGGCACCACCGCCGCGCCGCCUUGCGUGAGCCGUAUCCACGGUGCCACCGACAUUUUUGCACUGAAUCACCAUCUUGCGACUAUGGCUGAGCAAAGCAAAAGAGAGUUCAAUUCGCCACAGGUCGUGGUGAGCUCGCGGUGGAACCCCACGCCGGAGCAGCUACGGACCCUCGAGGAGCUAUACCGGCGUGGGACCCGGACCCCCAACGCAGACCAAAUCCAGCAGAUCACCGCGCAGCUCCGCCGGUAUGGCAAGAUCGAGGGGAAGAAUGUCUUCUACUGGUUCCAAAACCACAAGGCCAGGGAACGACAGAAGCGCCGCCGCCAGAUGGAGGCAGGCCCCGAGGAGAUGAACCGCGAUGCCGAAGAAUCAGAAAGGAAAGAAACAGGCGCGAGUAGGACAGUGCUUGAAGUUGAACAGACCAAGAACAACUGGGCACCCCCUAUAAACUGCAGUACACUAGCAGAGGAAUCUGCAGGAGCUACGACUCAAAAGGCACCAAAAGCAGGAUCAGCAGCAACUUUGGCAGAGCGUAGAACGAGAUCGUCGUCGUCUGAUCAGUGGAUCAAAUUCGACGAUGGAGAAUUUCAGUGGACGAGAAGGCACAGCAACAGCAACCUUUUGGAGAGGAAUGCCACGUGGCAGAUGGUGCAGCUGCCUCCUUGUCCUCAUCCCACCCACCUCAUAAAUACCACAACCGCGUCCACAGUCACACUGCCUGCCGCCCCAACCCUCCACCCUGCUGCUAGGGCAUCGAUGGACCCUAACAAGAUCAUCAAGGCUCAUGACCUCAGGAGCUUCUUCGUGUCCUCGCCUUUCCGAGACAGCCCCGAAUUGGCCAAUGGCGGCGGCCGAGGGUGCGAGGAGGACUCACAAACCCUCCAAUUGUUCCCUCUCCGCAGUGGCGAUGACGUCGACGAGAAGAGCGCGAGCCCUCCGCCCCAUCAGCACCAGUUCUUCGAGUUCCUACCUUUGAAGAACUAGCUAGGGCAUGUUGCAUGGAUUUGUGGUUCUAAGAGCCUGUGCUCAGAUCAUGAUGAUACCAUGGUGUAUUGUGUUAGGGUUUCAUUUCUUUAGCAAUUAUUAUUAUGUAUGUUAUGAAGAUCUCUGGUUGGGAAAGUGGGUAGAGCCAAAAAUGAUGUUGGCCUUUUGACGCUUUACAUUUAAUGGGAGAUGAAAUGGAAUAUAGGAUGUGUUUGGGGGUGUAAGAGGUAGGUAAAUAUUGCCUUAAAGUGAAAUCGACCCAUGUUGGUUCUUUCAAUGAAAAAUGAACUAUAUUCAAUGAGAA